CAGCCCACGAGAGGACUACCUGAGGUUGCUUUGCCGGUUGCAAAGCUCAUACAGAGACACUAGGCGACACUGAGGACGCACCGAGUUCCACCGACCAAGGCCAAGAGGACUCUGGCCACAUUCGUGCUCAGUUUCGAACGGUCGAGGCUCUCGGCACACCAACAGGUUUCAGUCCUUGAUCCCCGACUACGAAUCGUACUGGCGCAAGUCGCUUUAGAUAUUAGACAAAAUCUACACGCAUCGGAAGACACAUAGACUACACAAACCGCCAACAUGCCUCGAGAGAUUACUAUCAAGGUCCCAGCCUCGACCUCCAACCUAGGCCCCGGUUUCGACGUCCUCGGGGCCUCUCUUUCCCUCUACCUUCACCUCACGGCCACAGUCCUACAGUCCGGCGAAGAAACAGUGAUAAGCUACUCCGGCAACAAUGCGCACACCGUUCCCUUGACCGUCGCGCAGAACUUAAUCACCCAAACCGCGUCCUAUAUUGCCGCCGCCACCCGUGGCGUCCCAUUACCACCUCUGAAGCUGCAUAUCGAGAACCAUAUACCGUUAGCGAGGGGCCUAGGCUCUUCGGGCUCCGCGGUGGUCGCUGGUGUCCUGUUGGCGAACGAGGCGUGCGAGCUGGGUAUGAGCCGGGAGCGAGUGUUGGAUUUCUGCCUGAUGUUGGAGGGCCACCCCGAUAACGUCACGGCGAGUUUGCUGGGUGGAUUCUGUGCGAGCUAUCUGGCCGUAGGGGUUGAGGAGGAGUACAAGAAGGUGCAUGCGUUGACGCCGGAUGACUACUGCCUGAGCGGCGAAACGAACGGAAACACACACCACCGGCUGGAUCUCCCACUCCCACCCAUCGAAGGCCUCGGUCGACAUGUGAAACUCAACGUCUCGCCCAGCAUCCGCGUCGUGGUCGUGAUCCCGCACUUUGAGCUCUCUACCAAAUUGGCCCGCAAGGUCCUGCCCACUACCUACGCCCGCGAAGAUGUCGUGUUCAAUCUGCAACGCUUGUCUGUCCUCACCACCGCCUUAUGCAGCCCGACGCCAUCGCCAGACCUCAUCUGGGGCGCCAUGCACGACCGCAUCCAUCAGCAUUACCGCCAACAUCUUGUGCCGGGCUUACCGCAGAUUCUCGCCCUGACGCCGUCUGACUGUCCGGGAUUGCUCGGUGUGUGUGUGAGUGGAGCCGGACCUACAGUGUUGGCGCUCGCCACGGAGAACUUUCAGCAAAUUGGAGACAAGAUUAAGCAGAUUUGGAAGGGAAGCCAGGGUGCCGACGGGAAAAGCAUUGAGAGUGAGGUCUUGGUCUUGGAUUUUGUGACUGAAGGUGCUGUUUGGAAGGCUGUCACGACGUCGGCGUAGGAAGUUCCCUGUGUUUUAUUACAUUUAGAGCCCCAAGGCCGUUGAGGCCAUGCAUAUAUAUUCCAAUGGGUUCUAGGCCCACGUCUACAUGAACGGCAUCUGUGGUAUAUCCGCGACCACUUCGCAAGCAGGCGACGCGUUUUUGUGAAUGAGUGGGCAAGAUGACCAGUCGUCUGGUCGCGGGAAUCCAUGGGGUCCAUAAUGUACUGUACAGGGAGCGGGAGCGGAAUGGCGGGAGCCCUGCCUUGGCUCAAAGACGAACCUACGGAAGUAAGAUUGUUGUCGCAGGGUCCUGGAACUUACCGUUGUUUAACCUGAGACUGGUUCGAUGUCCAGCAAGUGCAUGAGGGGUUGAACAAGACCCCU